AUGCGCCCAUGUAGGUGGCUCGCUGGGGAACCAUCGAGGCGGCCGGUGCGAGGCUUCUACGUGAGGCGCUUCGCCAGACGCAGCUCCGUCACGUCAGUCUGCGUGGAGGAUGAGGGUGAAUAUCUACCUGCUCGUCUUAGUGCUUGCGCUAUAAGGCCGCUGCAGAACAGAUUCAUAUUUAUUGUAAAUUUUGUUUCUUUUGCAGGAAUAAUCCAUGAAAUAGUUCAAGAAAAGACACGGGUGACUCUGCGAUGUCCUCACUCUGUGGAGGGAGACGUGACCUGGAGCAGAGAGAGGAAUGGAAACAAAACUGACAUAAUAACAGUUAAUGUAGGCAGAGAAAUAAAACACAUACCGGGCAGUCGAUACGGUUCAGAAGCUGAUAAGACACUGUUCAUUCUAAAUCCUGUAAUCUCAGACUCUGGAAGAUACUUCUGUAACAAUGAAGCAGCUGCAGAUCUGACGGUGAUCCCAUCAGGAACAACUCUAGUCCCUGCUCCAGAGAGGACCAGCAUCACUCUGACAUGUCCUCAUGAUGUCGGAGCAUCACAUGUUCCAACAUGGACCAGAGACUCUGGUGGAAUACCACUAAGAAGGUUUGAUGUUUCCCCUGUUGACCAGACGUUGACUAUAACAGACGUGCAGCCUGGUGACUCCGGACUUUACUACUGUGAUGGAAAACCAGCUGUUUAUCUGAAUGUAAUCAAAGGAAGUGAAGAAAGAGGCCCCGUCUAUGACGAGAUACAGGAGGGAUUUGUGCUUCAGCCGACUAAUGGAAGUGAAGAAAGAGGCCCCGUCUAUGAUGAGAUACAGAAUGGAUUUGUGCGUCAGCCGACUAAUGUGACAUCGCUUCCUAAUGAGUCCCCAUAUUCCUUGAUUGGCAACAAUUAUAAUAAUAAAGGUUUGUCACAGCAAAUUGACAACACGUAUUGUUUACUGAAGAAACCCAAAGCGACAGCAAACAACCAGAACCAAUAACUCUGCUCCGUCGCUGCAGCCGGGGAAUGACUGUAACAGUUCUGUAGCAACACUUUCUACCUAUUUAUAGUAUAGUUGUGACAUCACAAUGGACGGCUCGUUUGAAGGCACAGUUUCUGAAUACUGGCUGUGUGCAUUUCUCUGUGGAUUGAACAUUUUUCACAGUAGUCCAUAUAUCAACAACGAUUCAUUUACGGGAAUGCCCCGAUGCCGCUGGAAAUUUCCUCCGGAUGUCACUCUUUUUGGCCGGAUGUCCGUCACUUUCCUCUUUCUUUGUGUUGGCGUUCUAACCUCCGGUGGA